AUGAGAUUUUGUACUGUUGCUUGUUUACUAGCGUUUGCCCGAUUGGGCUUCGCUUUUAUAGUUCCCCGCGAGAACCAAAAAGAGAAAUACCUUAAGGUAGACUUGGAAAAGUCUUGGGGUGAAACCUUUGAGAGUUCCACUAAUGAAGGACCCGAGCAUGCUUGGAAAUUAGCAAAGCGUGCCGAAAACUAUUUGUGGGUUGAGUAUAUCAACAUGAAUUACUUUUAUGCAACAGAGCUGCAAAUUGGUACGCCCCCUCAAAAAGUCGCCGCUCUUCUUGAUACUGGAUCUUCUGAUCUGUGGGUCCCCGGCGCAAAUGUGGAUUGUAAUCCUCAAAAAUUCGAGAUAAACUGCAAGAAAUAUGGCUCUUUCGAUAAAACGGCCUCCACCUCAUGGAGCGGAAAUGGUUCCACCUUUUUUAUUAGUUACGUUGACACUGCGUAUGCUACCGGUGAACUUGGUGUGGAUGUCAUCUAUUUAGAAGGGACCCGUAUCGAGGGAAUGUCAUUCGGUGUAGCAGACCAUGCAAAUAAAACCAUUGGAAUUUUGGGGUUGGGGAUGCCGGAGCUUGAGCUUACAAAUUUCAUGGAGCCUAGCUACCAAUACGACAACUUACCGUCGCUUCUAAAGCGUCAAGGAAUUAUUGCCAGAAAUGUCUACUCGAUUUUUAAUAACCUUCGUACCGAGCGGUCUGGUACUCUCAUAUUUGGUGGUAUCGAUCACAAAAAGUAUACUGGACCAUUAGUUACACUACCUGUGCUCAAAAUGCGGAAUGGUAAACACAUAGACUUACAAACCACUGUGAACGGAUUCGGAGUAAGUGAUGACAACGACCUCAAACACACAAUAACGGCCAGUGCAUUCCCAGCUACGUUGGACACAGGUACAACCUUUAUGGGCCUCGAAGAAAGUGUACUGAAGAUUUUUAUGGAUGCUGUGGGUGCCUCCUGGAGGGGAAAUAUUGGUGCUUACGUGGGCCCUUGUCUGGAUGAUAAAUUUGUAAACCCAACAAUUGACUUUAACUUCGGUGGUUUGAUGAUCAACGUGCCAUACGAUGUCUUCGUUGUCCGUGGAGUUGUUGAAGGUGAAUGUUUAUACAAUAUCUUCGGGGUUGGGCGUCGCGCUUCACUUUUUGGGGAUAUAAUCCUGAGCAGUCUUUAUGUUGUAUUUGAUUUGGAAGAAAAAGAAAUCUCUAUCGCUCAAGCCGCUUACAAUGAGGAAGAAGAUAUUGAGCCUAUUAUAACUAGCGUGCCUGGUGCUGUCAGGGCCCCUGGUUAUGAUCAGAUAUAUGACUACAGCGUGCCAGUAGUCCCAGGCGGAGGCGAUAUUUACGAAUGUGCUUGA